AUGCGAAGGGCCGCUUCUAGCGUUGGAAGAAAUAAACGUUUACCUCACCUCGACAAGAUUAACGGCAUUGCAAUGCACGGUCAAGUCUCCCUUUCACAUAAUUCAUUGCUCCGGCGAGCUAUGAAGGUAGAUAGAAUCAGAACACACGUGACAGGAGUAGGCCGCAAAAAACGCCUUCGGCCGGCAGCCCGUUCUCCGUUGUCUCCGCAGUAUCAACACUCGGGGAUCCCCGAUUCUUUCCGAAGAAUGAGGAAACGACAGAGGGUUAUAGAAAGCCGUAACUGGUCGUUCAGUUCCAGAACGCGAUUUGACUUUGUGUCCUGUAUCACUCAAGCACACAACGAUCAAGAACCUGAUAUGAUGGGUGGUGCUGGAACGUGCUGGAACCAUAUAUUCUCAAGAGGAUCAUGUUUCGAUGGGCUUCUCUCUGUUAUGCUUCCAGGAUACCCUCGGGCUAUGGACUCACGUAUGAUCCAGGCUACGGUGGAUCUGCCGGACGAAUUCUCCUUCAAUGAAGAUUAUAACUCUGGCUACCAUUUGGGUAUUGGUUGGGAACAAUCGACAGUUCACAAUGGCACUCGAAGUAGCUCAGAAACUGCAUUCAACCUUGGACCGAAAUACCUGAGUAGGCUGAACUUGCACGUCCUCAUCCACAGCUAUGUGACCCGAAUCCUUGAAUCCAACUGCACUACUAAAGGUGUGAAGACCUUCGAUACCAUGGAAUUUACCCAAGAUGCUGGAGAAACGAUAUAUACCCUUUCGCCUGCCAAAGAAAUCCUUCUCUCUGUUGGAUCUAUUGGGGCACCGCAUAUCCUUCUCUACUCAGGUAUCGGCGACGCCGACGAACUCAGUCCCGUUGGCAUCACUCCUGUACAUCUCCCUGAUGUGGGGAAGAACCUCACUGAUCACCCGAGCACAGACACCAUUGAGAACAUUUACUUGAGAAACGAGACGUUCCAGAGGAGGCACUCGCCAAAUGGGAGGCAAACUGUACAGGAUAUAUCAGACAUCACCAUUAACAGCACGAACCCUCUCGACUCUCCGCUCAUCAACCCCAACCUCCUCGGGCACCCCCAGGACUUGACUAUAAUGCAAACCACCAUAAACACAUCUGAGAGAUCCGUCACUGCCCCUGCAUGGGAUGGAUACAUCCUCAAGUUUGUGUUGAACACUACCGAAGCCGCCAUUCGCGAAGGAGCCGACACGCUCUGGCACCCUGUUGAUAAGACUGGCAUUUUAGCAUGCAGGAAGCAUGGAGUAGAGUUACCUUUGAGUGCGUAUGGGUUAGGCAAGAUAUUCAGAGUGGUGUUGAUGUCUGAGUGGGUUGCAGGUGCUGAGGGUUGCUACGGUGCUGGCUACACGCUGCAUGUCCUCCCACUUGAUUUGUAUGGUACAAUCCUGAACAAGCACGUUCACACAGAUUUACAAAAAGGAUACAACUUGCCGCGGCCGUUGAGUCUUCGUACAAAAGGAAAGAAUUGGGGACCCGGCAACUGCCGCUACUGGUCUUUACAAAUGCAGGUGGUGAAAAGGUCUAUCUGGGCACUGGGCGCCGCAAAGACACAUGGACAUCAUCAGGAGUUGUCUGAAUUGUCCAAUCUUGUGAACCGUUUUCUUUCCUCCUCUUCUAACAUGAGUAUUUGGGUGAGAUUGCAACGGGACAGCACUGGAAUCAAGAAAUCUGUCCCAGCCCAUAAUAUGCCAACCCCCACCUCUUACUUCCUCUUCUACAGUGGUAUUCGUGCUUUCUUGAACUUUUCGGCAGUGAUGAACACACAAGAUCAGUCACUCGACUUUGAUAUAGAUCAAAAGCGUUGCGUAGCGUGUCUAAGUAACGGCCAAGGUCAACACUCUAAGCGGCAUACUGAACUCGAAAAGAUGAGCGAUAAAAUAGAGUCGCAAAAGAGGCGUGUCAUGCGGAUAGUCAAGAAGAUGGGAAUGACCGGGAAUUCCCACGAUGAUGUGGCCCUCUUCAACAAUGUUUGCCGCAAGGGAGGUCGCAAGGACGCAAAAUUUCUUACCGAACACGGUAAUUUGAAGAAGCAAUAUUUUAGACUUUUGUCCCGCUUGGCUGGUCCUCAUCCAAAUGUCACUGAUCGUCCGCUAUCUGCCGGUCCAUCAUACCAUGUCAACGCCUCUCGAUCCUGGGCUGUUGUCAUCAGAAUUGAUGGAUACGAAACCAUCUCAGCCCUAAAGGGUGGCGUGAAAGAUGCACAAUCAUUUUAUACGUACCUGAUUGACGUCCUCGCUGUACCCAGGGAGCGCAUUCAGCUUCUUCUUGGAUCCACGAAACAAGCUUCCCCUGAUGAUUCAACGUACACUCUAUCGCCACCUUCUCCUUCCUCCAACCCUGACAAUGCAAUGGUCACUGAUAAUUCGCUAUCCCCUGGCCUUCCGAUUUACCCUUCCCGUGCUCAUAUUAUCAACACGCUUCUCAGUCUUAUCAACAAUCCCCACAUCGAAAAAGACGAUAACAUCAUCAUUUACUACGCUGGUCACGGCUCUUCCUAUGAAUGUUCGGAGUACAAAAAUGUCGAUAACCCAGAAUACGAAGAAGAAAUCAGUUUCGCAAGCACUGGGCACAUUGAGGCGCUCUGUCCCAUCGAUCGUGACACCUGUGAUGCGAACGGUAACCCUGUGCCUGACAUCAGCGACCGAGAAUUCAACACGAUCCUAACGCUAAUCUCCCGAGCGAAGGGUCACCAUAUCACCGUCAUUCUCAACUGCUGUCACUCUGCUGGUGUCAGCCGAGAUGUUCCUCCAUCGGGAGCACGCACUUGUCGUGGAACGGAGCGGGCAUCGCUUCGAGAUAUGCUCCAUGCCGGGGAGAAGAAUCUCGAGGAUUUUCCUGGUUGUCCCUCCAUUUUAUCUAAAGAUUGGUAUCCAGAUGAAGGCUCCCACAUUCUUUUGGCAGCCUGUGAGGUAUACCAGUAUGCAAAGGAGAGGUGGGUGGAUGGAGUACAGGUGGGAAUUUUCACACACUCGCUUCUGCGCCUUCUCCGGUCCGGCUACUGCAAUGCGGAGACGACAUAUCUCGGUCUUACUGAUGGCUUCGAUAAGUCAUAUCAUCAGACACCGGUCAUUGCUGGAACACAUCGAGAUGAACAUCUAUGGUAUCAGGUUGAUAUAUUACUUUCUCUAUUCCUGCUCAUAUACGAAAUGCCCACUUAG